GCACAUUCACCGGCUCCACUCCACCAGGUGGAUGACACACAAACGCAUCACUGUUGCGCACCUCCCCAAAAAUGAAGCCUAUCUAACAUCGUUUUAGCAUGGCGCCGCGAUUCGCUUUUUGCCUUUUUCUGAUUUUCUCCUCCGAGUGGACGCGUGUCUUCUCCUCCCCAACUUGCACGUCGGACGUGAGGUGCAGUCCCUCGGGUCAUUUGGCGCACAUCAGCGCGACCCCCCGGGAGUUCCUUGGGCAAGAUUUGACGCAUUUUGGAGAGAUUCCAGUUGGGGACUUUGUCGGAUAUACCGAAGGCGAAGCCAGCCCCGAAGUCACCGCUGCGCUCGCAGAAAGUUCAGCUAAAGUCGAGCCACAAGCGGCGUGGCAAGAAGACGCAUGUUGUCUCCAAGAAGAAGAACAGACUAAACUUUCCCUCCCUGACGACCGAAACGACUUGGACAGCGAGGAAAAUGGGGAUGAUGUGGAUUCAACCGCGGAUGAGGACCCGAGGAGGAGAAGCGCGAGGGGCGCUGAGACUUGGGCCGAUUUGGGAGACGAUGGCGCGCACGAAGUUCCGUACGCCGACUCGGUGGAGGUCCAGCUGGCCAGCUCCACCUUCGCCCUGGCCGGGGACACCGCGCACAACCAGGCGAUGGUGCACUGGUCGGGCCAGAACAGCAGCGUGAUCCUCAUGUUAACUAAAUACUACGACUUCAGCUCGGGCAGAGUGACGGAAAGUUCUUUAUGGAGAUCCACAGAUUACGGCAGCACAUACGAGAAACUUAAUGAGAAAGCCGGGCCCAAGACCAUCCUCAGCUAUUUGUACGUCAGUCCCAACAACAAACGCAAGAUCAUGCUACUGACCGACCCGGAGGUGGAGAGCAGCCUGCUCAUUAGCCUUGACGAGGGGGCGUCCUAUCAGAAGCACAGCUUAGCCUUUGAUAUCCUCAGUCUUCUUUUCCACCCCGAGCAGGAGGACUGGAUCCUGGCUUACAGCCACGACCAAAAGCUGUACGUCUCGGUGGAAUUCGGGAGGAGGUGGCAGCUUGUGCACGACAACGUCGUCCCCAACAGAUUCUACUGGUCCAGGUUGGGCUUGGACAAGGAGCAAGGAAUGAUCCACUUGGAGAUCAACGUCUCCGAAGGACGUUCGCAGUACAUCACUUGUAAGCUUCAAAAUUGCUCAGAGGGAAACAAGGGCAAGCCUUUCCCCGGGUUGAUCAUCCCCAACUCCCUGGUGGUGCAGGACGAAUACGUUUUCAUCCAGGUGCCAACAGGAGGCCGAUCCGUCCAUUACGUGUCCUACAGAAGAAACUCGUUCUACCCGGUUAAGCUGCCAAAGUACACUCUACCCAAAGACUUGCAGAUUAUUAGCACCGACGACAACCAGGUGGUGGCGGCUAUCCAAGACUGGCACCAAAAUGACUCGUACAACCUGUAUAUGUCCGAGUCUCGGGGUCUCUUCUUCACGCUGAUGCUGGAGGACGUGGUGAGCAGCGGCGGACCGGAAGGCAACAUCAUGAUCGACCUUUACGAGGUUGCUGGGAUUAAAGGGGUGUUUCUGUCAAAUAAAGUUGUGGAGAACCAAGUGAAAACUUACAUCACGUACAACAAAGGAAGAGACUGGCGGCUUCUGCAGGCUCCGGCGACGGAUCUCCAAGGCAAGCGGGUGGAUUGUGAGCAACCGUACUGCUCGUUACAUCUGCACCUCCACGUUUCGGAGAAUCCUUACACCUCUGGAAACAUUGUCAGCAAAGAGACGGCGCCUGGGGUUAUCAUCGCAUCAGGUGUCGUUGGACCCGAGCUCACCACUACAAAUGUCAGCAUCUUCAUCACAUCUGACGCUGGCAACACGUGGAGAGAGGCUUUUCAGGAAGAGUACAGCGUGUUCUUCCUGAAUCAAGGAGGAUCUCUGGUCGCUAUCCGACACACACCUCUGCCUAUUCGACACAUUUGGCUGAGUUUUGAUGAAGGCAGAAACUGGGACAAAUUUAGCUUCACCUCCUCGCCGCUCUAUGUGGACGGGGUGCUGGGGGAGCCCGGGGAGGACACCCUCAUCAUGACGAUCUUCGGUCACUUCAGUCACCGAUCCGAGUGGCAGCUGGUCAAAAUUGACUUCCGGUCCAUUUUCCAACGCCGCUGCACUUCGGAAGAUUACACGCCGUGGCAGUUGGACAACGAGGGAGAAGUCUGCAUCAUGGGGAUGAAGAGAAUCUUCCAGAAACUGCGAGUAAACGCUCGUUGCGUCAAGGCCAGAGAACAGUACAUCUCUCAGAUGUCAGAGUCCUGUCCGUGCACAGAGGCCGACUUUGAGUGCGACUACGGAUUUGAGCGGCAGGUCGACGGAAGCUGCUCUCCGGCGUUCUGGUUUGUUCCCUCGGCCACAUCCAGAGAUUGCAUCACGGGGGAGAGUUUCCUCAAUUCCACAGGAUACCGCCGAGCGUUGUCUAACAACUGCACGGAGGGGACUCUGCUCAAGUACAGCCCCAGGCGGCAGAAGUGUCCCCGUCAAGUCCCCAGGGGCCUGCAGCUCUUCACCAGCGAGGGCGUGCUGGUGGCGGCGCUCAACAAGAACGUCACCUUCUUGGUCUUUCUCGAAGAGGGCCUGAGCUCAACCACGAGCGUAACGGUGGACUUUGGCGACGGCACGACCAUAUCCUACGUCAACAUCAGCUCCAUAGAGGACGGCGUCAAGCAUGUCUACGGCAAAGUUGGCAUCUACCAAGUUUCUGCCAUAGCGAGCAACGUUCUGGGAUUUGAUCGGGUGACGCUCUACCUCCACGUCACUUGUCAGCUCGAGCAGGUGCAGCUCUCCGCUCCGUCCGUGGCCAUCAAGAACAAAGCCGUCAACUUCACGACGACGCUGCGACCCGCCAACGUAGGGACAGUCACGUACUACUGGUGGUUUGACAACAAAACAGAGCCUUUGCUGAGUUUGGAUGGAGGGAUGUCCUUCACCUUUACCCGGGAGGGAAGUCACGUGGUCACCGUUCAGGCUUCAGUCGGGAACACCGUCCAUCAAGAUCACAUGACAGUGGCAGUUUAUGAUUAUUUCCAGUCACAUAUUCUGGCCUUUUCCUCCAAUCUGGAUGACGCCAAUCCCAGCCUGUCUGAGUGGCGGACGGACAUCGGAAGGGUGGUGAAGCGCUCCGUUGUCCAGGUCACGGGGAUCAGCGAGGACCAGUUGCUGGUCAACGUGUUCCCAGGUCUGCCGACCACGGCCGAGAUCUUCAUCGUUCCUGAGAGGAGGAACAGAGGUGACGCCAGGGGUGAAAAGCGCCAACACCUGGAACAGCUCUCUCAGGUGCUGCUAAGUGCUCUGAACCAGGACCUCGUCCAGUUCACACUCAAGGCGGGAGUGCAGGUGAACGUCUACGCCAGCAGACUGUCGCCAGCUCCUCUGGUGGACAGCAGCGAUAGCAGCCACAGCAGCACUGCCAUCAUAAUGCUGGUGUCCGUGGCGCUGAUGGGGCUGGUCGUCUUUGCCAUUUAUAAAUUUAAAAGGAAGAUCCCGGGCCUCAACACGUACACGGCGGAGCAGCCUGACAAAGAACAAGAGGUCGUGCCCACCGUCACCUCCGUGGCGGACACAAAAGCCGAGGCGGAUAAGAUGACCUCACUGGAUCGCGUGGAUGUACAGCUGGAUUCAAAAAGUAGAGGCUACCUGCCAUCACGUGCCGACGUCAAGCUCCCAGAUGAACCGCCCCAUGUGUUUUAAUGUGCGGCGUCGACAGGGGGGGACGCCAAAGCAAUACAUCUUCCCCGGCCGGCAGUUACUUCCAGCGCGGUCACGAUGAAUGCUCUCGAGUGUUUUGCUACCCACGCAUGGACAGAGCGGCUCACGCUGCGGCGCCGCGCCGCGCCCGCCUAAUCCAUCCGAGGAGACUGUACAGAUUUAUACGUGCCCGCUCUCCAAAUGGGACUGUCUUUUUUUGACUGGAGAGUAUUUUUGCAAGGACCUUCAUCUUUUGAUGUAAAUAGUGUACAGUCCGUUCAGAAUGGAAGAAAGGCGCUUCUUUCCAAAAAGUGGCAGAACACUGAGACAAAGUCGUCUUCUGGCAGUCGAUGGAAAACAUUUUGGCUUUGCUCUUCUGUGGACUUUGUUUGCGUUGACGCAGAAGCGUCUUAUUGCGACUCCAAGACAGCGAAGGCAAGCGCCUUCAUUUAGCCCGUCGCAAUCUGCAAAAUCUUAUCUGCGAGAUUGCCAUCAAAUGAAGGUUGGCAAUAUCCAGUGGAGGAAGGACAGCCGCCACUUCGACAUCUGCGCGCUCCGUCGCUGCCGCCUGAUGCUCAAAUUAUUCCGCGUCACGACAAAAGUGCGUGCGGAAUGGAAGAUGAAAGCUACGUGCCGAUGAGACAGACAUCUGUCCCAUUGAGUGGACGGCAAAUUUUACAUUACACGUCUUCAAAAAGACAUUAGUGCUGCACAAACGGAUUGGUUUACAGCUUGUUUGACAUGCAAACAAGGAAAUGUGGUAUUUUUAUUUUCUCGAUAGAGGGAACGGUGUGUCGUACGUUCUUGCUAAGACAGCUCAAGUGCUGUUGUGCGGCACAAAUGGCUCCAGUGACAGUUUUUAUGACCUUUAGGAAUUCCAUUCAUUUGACACGCUUCCUUGUUUGUAUUACAUUGAACACACUCAUCUUAACUCCUUCACUGCCAGCACAGUUCAAAUGUCUAUAGCCGUCAAUGGUAGUGAAUAAGUUAAAAGCUUCUUUUUUUUUUUUUUUUAAAGAGCAAAUCCGUUCCUCAAGACACAUUAAGUAGACAACACAAUCAGAUUUUGUGGCUAUAUCAAAUAACGAAUUCGGCACUUUAGUUGUGGAUCUUUUCUCAAGCAUAGAGGGCGCCCCAGUCCCCCAAUCCACCAUGUAUUUGUUAGCUGCAAAAGAUCCAGAGCAGAAUACAAUGAAAAGUAUCGAUCACGGCAACAUACCAGCAUGGAAAUGUUGGACUUUUCCUCAGUACUAGGUUGGCCUUCAAGAAGCCGACGGAAUAAAGGUUGCCCGUUUGUCCGACACGGCGAAGACCUAUCUCCUGUCAAGCUAGCUCAGCCCACGCGGCGGCUGAGUGUGGUUAGUCUCUUUGGAAUGAAUGCUGGAAUUCUAUCAAGCCUUUUUUUUUUUUUUAAAGUGUUGUCAGCGUUAUGUGUCAGUAAGACAAAUGGACAAAUACAUUUUUUUGGUUCCCAUCAUGCGGUGGAGGCCCAAGAACUUAUCGUGGGAUGAACACUGAAGACUUUUCUGCUUGUGUUCUUUCAUGUGAAUACUUGUCGGGUUACUUUUGCAUGAUAUUUUGUUGUAUUCUGUUGCUGCUUUGUGCAAUAUUUACAUUAAAAAUGUAUGCUGCAGUUUGUUCAGUUCUCAGUGGCGCAUUCAGUUUAAGUAAUGUGAUGCUUAUUCAGUGAGGUUGUUGGUGUUUAUUUUUUUUUGCAAAAAAUAAAGACGAAACGUGAAAAUGAC